AGCUACAUGUUUCAACAAUAACUCUAGUGCUAGUAACUGAAAUUGGAUCAAGGCUGACUGGUUGAUACUGGUGCACCAAAGUACUUAGAGUCAAUGUGUACGCCAAGUAUACUUUACUGUGAGCUUCAAGAGAAGCGUUGUGACUUUAUUCACAGGAACCAGGACCUAAUUUCUGGGAACAGGAUGAGAAACCAUUACCCUGAAGCACCCACCCAUCGAGAUCAGUGCCACAGCCCAGCCCUGAUUUCCCUUCCACCUCAAUACAUCUGUGACCACACUCUGAGGCUGGAAGGACAGGUUGGCAAGGUCCAGAAGUACAGGCAGUGUACACUACAUAUCCCCCGCUGAGACCUUUACUCGAUUCACACUCACUGUAAAACAACCGCUGGCCCCUGUCCUGGGGUCCUGGGGUCCCGUCUCCUUUUACAGCCGCCCAUCCUUUUUCUGUCUCAUCUUCUAUGUGGGCCAGAAGAAUGUUGAAGAGUAAAACGUGGCAGUUGACAGCCAUAUUAAUGCUUAUAUCUGAUUGGAGUCAGUGCAUCAAGUCACAACAAUUUACAGUGGAUCCUCCUGAGAACAUUGGGAUUGAUGACCCUGGCCACCUCGGGCCGCUCUACAUCCACUGGACGGCUCCAGCCAACCUGACCAACUUGACUGCCUGCUCCAUGAGAUACCAUCUGGAGUAUUUCAACACAUAUCAGAGCAGAUGGACUGUGAUCAGGACUGUACGGACAUGGUACCGUGCUCAGUUUGACCUGGAGAAGGAGGUCAGGGUGCGGAUCUCCACCUUACUGAAGGGAGCCUGCACCAACGGCACUGACCUCAAGAGCCCCUUCACAGAGAUGGUCCUGCCACCCAAUAACUCAGGCCCAGUUGGCUCCAGGGUCCAGGGGUUUGGUUGCGUGUUUUAUCAGAAGGAGUUCAUGGAGUGCACCUGGGAGACGAGCUUGGAGGAGCCAACCCAAUCCCAGUACAGCCUGUUCUUUUGGCAUCGGGAAAUGGAGCAAGCGGAAGAGUGUCCUCAGUACAUCCACUCCAAUGGGGUCAGGACUGGCUGCAAAUUCACAGAGGAAUCUCUCUCAGAAUUCAGUGAUUUCAACAUAUGCAUAAACAGAUCCUCUCCCAAGGUGGUCUUGAGGUCGGCGUUCUUCUCCCUGCAAAUUCAGAAUUAUGUGAAACCUGCAGCCAUUGAGACCGUGCAUCUGGAAGCUAGUCCAGACAGGAGGCUCCAGGUGCAGUGGGAAUUGCCCAACGAGAGGAUUCCCAGGCACUGCCUUGAGUAUGAAGUGGAAGCCAGAGAGGAGGGCGUAGGCGGGCAGCCGUUGUUGCAGAGGAACGUAACCAAUGAGAUGACGCUGACUUCCCUCUCAAUGGAUGGUGCCCGGAGGAAGUGCUUCCGGGUCAGGUCUCGGAUGCACCACUACUGUGCUGACGGAGGCUUCUGGAGUGACUGGAGCCAUUGGUCCUGUCACUCAGAUACAGAGUCAGAUGCUGUGGUGGGCUGUGCCGUGGUCAUCGGGAUCAUCAUCUCUAUGUUGAUCCUGUCUCUGUUUGGGUGGGCACUAUGGAGAAAGUGGAAAGCCAGAGAGGGGGAGAUUAUGCCUUUCGGUCCCCUGCACAAACUGAUGGAAUAUUCCAAAGGACUCUCUGCUCGCAGUCAUUUCAAUAAAAGAAGAGAGAACCAGUAGUAUAGCCUUUGCAAGCAUUACCUUUGAGCAGACAAAUGAUAGAGAUCAGAGUUAGACUGGUGUUCACACUUAUUUGAAGCACCCAUGCAAACAUGCUCAAACACACCCAUGCACAGACACAACAUGAGGAUGAGACAGUAAAGCUCUGUGUAAUUUCAUAUUCAAGACAGAAUUGUAUGGACUUGUAUGCUGAUAUUCAUCUCUUAUGUAUCGAUAUGUUACUCAGUAGAAUAGGACGUGUUCUUACCAAACCAUUUACGUAAUGUAAAACUCCCGGUUUUACACGACACAGUAUAGACUUAAGAAAUGCCAUAGCUCUUUCCGGUUUGUUUACUUUCCACAUGUCUUUCAUUUAUAUCACAAAUUAUACUUACUGGAGUCGGUUUUUGUAGUUUUAAGUUUGAUGCCAUUGCUUCCAGUCGAAUGUAUCUUUUAAGUGCUUUGCAUAGAAUUCCCCAGCCUGUUAAAAUUGAAUGCAUUGGAUGGUGUUGAACUAAUGUUAUGUUUAAAACAUUUUUUUUGCUGCUCUAUAGCUAUAAAGAUGUGGUGUUUGGUAUUUUGUUUACAGUAUUGUAUUUGCAGUGAUUGAUGUUUCAGAGGCCUUGAAAUGUAUGUUAUUUGGCACCAUCAUGUGGCCGGUCAGGACGACUGUCCUCCAAGUGUAUAUUGUUUGCUCUUGCAAUGAAGUGUUGCUGAUGGAUGUAUUUAUAUCAUGAGCAUGGAGAAAUUGUAAAAGCAAUGGAAGUUGUCUUGACUUUGAUACAGAGGAAGACAAAGGUCCAUCAUUUCAGACUGUCCCAUGUGCCCAUGCAAAUCCAGAUCCUGACCUGGAGUCGUUCCCAGAGGGAGGGUUUUUGUCCUGGCAGCCACCUGGUGUAAUGGAUCAAUCUUCGGCACUCAGAGGUCUUUUGGAAUCAUACAUAUAUGCUAGUUAAUGCUCAUCAGAACUCAAACAAUGACAUUUCUACAUUUGCAAUAGGUGAAAGGUCAGUUUUGCUUGGGUAUCUAUUGUUCAGACAAUGCUGUGAGUAGAUGAUCGAUUUUGGUUUUGAUUUGUUCAGACAUUGAUGAGGCAUGAUGCCAGUGAGGCCACUCUGCUUGACACAGAUGAUUGGACAAGCACAAACACACAAUCAUGUUCAUACUUGCUUCUCCCACAAAAUACCUCAUAACUGUACGGCUGUAUUACCCUAUAAAUAAGAAAUUGGAGGAUCGUCACCCCCCUUCUCUCUUCUCUUCUCAACCUGGGUUGGUGCUUUGGCCAUUGGGUAUGAUCUGUCUCUGCUUCCCCCUGGCAGUGGUUGAAAAAAUAUGCAAUUGUCACACUUGAGUAAAAGUAAAGAUACCUUAAUAGAAAAUGACUUAGUGAAAGUAACCCAGUAAAAUACUACUUGAGUAAAAGUCUAAAAGUAUUUGGUUUUAAAUAUACUUAGGUAUAAAAAGUCUAAUUGAAUUAUUUCUAAUUCUGUAUAUUAAGCGAACCAAGCGGCACCAUUUUCUUGUUUCUUUAUUUAUGGAUAGCCAGGUGCACAAUCCUACACUCAGACAUAGUUUACAAACUAAGCAUCUGUGUUUAGUGAGUCUGCCAGAUCAGAGGCAGUAGAGAGGACCAGGGAUGUUCUCUUAUAAGUGUGUGAAUUGGACCAAUUUCCUGUCCUGCUAAGCAUUCAAAAUGUAACAAGUACGUUUGGGUGUCAGGGGAAAUGUAUGGAGUAAAAAGUACAGAAUUUUCAUUAGGAAUGUAAUCUGUCAAAAAAUAUCAAUAGUAAAGUACUCUCCAAAAAUACUUAAGUAGUACUUUAACGUAUUUGUACUUUACUCUGCUGCCUCCUGGUCAGCAUGUCCACAGAUCACUUUGACUGCAGGGUGACUUUUUUUGGACAAUUUCGAUCACCAUGUAAUUUAGGAGAAUUCUAGUCUACCAUAUUUUCUCUCAUAAAUUAUUGCACAGAGGAAAACUGGUUAAUCUGCAAAUCCAAGUGAUAUAAUUGUCAUUUUAUUUUCAAGAAUUCAAUCAAACCUAUUCAUACAUUUUUUUUUACAUGAAUUUGAUGUAAUAAAUACUAAACAUGG